GUGAUAGAAGGAAGUCUCUAUGAAAACCCUAGAGAUCUUCCGAAGACGCAGUUAGGUCAAAGGAAAAAUAGGUCGAUAAAGAUAUCAUUCUUUGUUGAAGAGCAAUGGCUACAGAGGCAGACUUUACGUAUGACGAAGCAACAUUUGAGGUCACAGAUAAGAUUCUGAAGGCCUUCACAGAACAGGGAUAUAUUAUGUUAAGGGGUUUGUUUAACCCAGAGGAACUGAAGAAAAUUAGGAGUGUUCUGGAGGAAACUGACUUGGUGCCUAAGCAUGGAUAUGGAAUUCCGGACGCCACUGGGAGGAUGCCCAAGAUGGUGCUGUGGCGGGCCCCCGGGACAGAUGUUACUGGGAUGGUGUGUCGCUGUGAGAAAGUGGUCACUACUUCCGAAAAGCUGCUGGGAGGAGAGGUGUACCACUACAGCACAAAGCUCAUGAUGAAGGAACCACUGAUUGGGGGCCGCCAGGAGUGGCACCAGGAUUAUGGUUACUGGUAUCAGAAUGGUUUGUUGUUCCCAGACGCCUUGAGUGUGUUUGUAGCCAUCGACAGGUGUAACAAAGCCAAUGGAUGCCUACAGGUGUUACCUGGUUCUCACAAAGUCGGCCGCAUUGAACACAAGUUUGUGGCCGGUCAGACAGGGGCGGACCUGGAGAGGGUGGAGCACCUCAAGAAGGUGUUCCCCCUGACCUACAUGGAGAUGGAGCCAGGAGAUGCACUGUUUUUUCACAGCAAUGUCCUGCAUGCUAGUGAUGCCAAUAACAGUUCCAACAGGAGGUGGGCCCUGAUCAUGGCUUACAACAGAAAAAGCAACAACCCCCUUGAAAGUCUGGCUCCUCCAUUCCCACGCUACACACCUCUGGAAAAGGUACCAAACUCGGCCAUCCUUGACUGCACCAACCUGACAGAUUUCUCUGGGAAAGAGUUCUUGGAUCCCACAGCGGACAAGACGGUGAAGGCAGACACAUCCAACCGGAGCGAACAGGCUACCAAGGCCUAGGGCCGGGACAGGGGGGUCUCUCACUGGUGACGGUACGGAGCAGGAGAACAAAGUACCAGAGGGUCGUACACACCGCUGAACUAUCAGCUACAGUGUAUAUGGGGUCUGACUAUUAUACUAGGUUUGAUAGACUUACAGAAUCAGAAUUUUUUCAGCAAUUUUUUUCAUUAUUUUAAAUGAUUUCCUGUCAUAAAUAAAUGUGAUAUUUAUUCAUUCCACUCUUUCAUUACGUUAGUUACGCAUAAAUUGCAAGCUUGUUUGAUUGAUAAGUGUUUUAUUAAUUGAAUUUGUUUACAUUUAGAAAUAUUAAGUAUUUUAAAACCUACAUUGAGGGCAAUUGUACAAAUGGUUUAGACUUGGGAUUUAAUUGUGUAUUUUUAAAAGUGUACUAUGGUAAUUAUUUGCAAAACGUAAAGGUUUUUUUCCCUACCUAUAUUAUCCUAUUUUGAAAAUAAUUAUAUUAAGAGGUAAAUAAUUUAAGCGAGUGCAAUAUUAUUUCUAUUACUUCAUGUUUUUGAUAUCUUUUAUCAUUUGUUACAGUGUUAUAUUUCUGUGACUAUCUUUGUUGCUUGUGAAGAAUACGGUAAAGAAUCAUGGCAAUAUAUAUUUACUCAUAAUAUCUACAGUAUCUGGUUGCUUGUAAAUUAAAAAUUGUAUUUACUUAUUGGGUUUCUGUGAUUUUCAAAUAUAUGUUUACAACCUGUCAAAAACAUGUCUAUUUAUAAUAAUAAAAUCUAUGAUAUAUUA